AUGAAUCAGGGCUCUUCAACUAACAAGGAUAGCAACAAUCAGGGUGAAAUGCUUCGUCAGCCUUGGGAAUCGUUGGUUACAUAUCUUAAAUGUUUCACGUAUUAUGACUUGAGACGUGCUACUGAGAACUUGGGAGAUGACAAGAGGUAUCUGAAGGUUUACAAAGGUUGGAUCGAUAAAACAACAUAUUCCCCCACAGAAGAUAAUAGCGGAUUGGCGAUUGCUGUUAAGAGAAUUGACUUCUACAAAACUGCAUGCUGGUUGCAUUUGAAAGAAUUUAAGCACCCGAACCUUGAAAAGCUAAUAGGAUAUUGCUUCGAAGACCAACUAGGCAAACAAUUGUUCCUUGUGUAUGAAUUCAUGCCUAACGGAAACUUUAAUGAUCUCCUGAAUAGUGGUGUUGUAUCACGACUUCCGUUGGUUAUAAAGGUGAAAAUAGCAGUAGGAAUUGCCAGAGGGCUUGUUUUCUUGCACAAGACACAAUAUCAAUUUAAUGUCUUUGAGUCUCGGCUUGACAGACACAUGAUAUUACUGGAUGAGGGUUUUACAGCAAAACUUUCAGGUUAUGACGUUACUAAGUUAGCACGUGGUCGCUAUCCUCGAAGUAUCAAUCCUCCUGAAGAUCUAGUGUAUGCUCCUUGGGUUGGUAAGUUACUUCAACCUGUCUCCUUCACUUACCCACCACCCACUACUAGAAACUUGAGUUUCAGCUAUGGAUUUUGCUACGGAUUUGUUCUCUAG